CGCUCGCGCACGCUUAUUUUCAGGGCUUGGCACAACUACGGCAGCCCCGCUGGAGGUGCCAACUACUGGCGCAUCCGCUUCCUCUCCUUCCCGCCGCCUAGUAACGGAAAAAUUCCUCCUCGACCGACUUGCUGCGGACAAGAAUUUGCGGCUGCAGAUUUUUUUCGAAAACGUAAAAACCGUCCACAGUGCUUCUACAGCAGCUGCGCCCGAAGUGCGCCGCGACGUUGUCAAGGAGCAGAACCCGCGGCUCCUUUCUCCACCAAAGCUGUUGAAUCUGGCGCAGGCGAAAGAGUUUCUGCACGAGAACGGACGGUGGUUUUACCAAGAAAAACCUUCUACUUCAUCUAGCGGUAGUGAUAAUUACGAGCAGAAAACUUUAGACGGACACGACUUCCGGAUCGUGCGGGUCUUCGAAGACGAUGAAGCUGCUGCAGAUGGAAACAAGUCGAUGAACCCAGCAGAAGGUACUAGUACUCGUCCAGUAGACCUCGACCUCCGGACUCUGAAAUUGAAUGCAGCGCUGAAGAAAUUCGGCAACCGGCUUGCUAGCACGGGCAACUUCUUCG